CCGGUCGCCAGCUCCGCUUUCUCAACCUGCCCGUCUCUCGUCCCUGUUCUGUUCUCUUUUCCACUCUUCUUCAGAGCCACUGAUUCUCCGUCAAUUUCCCUCUUGCUCUUUUCUUUUCUUUCUUCCAGACUCUCCUUCGCAGGGCGUCGCGACGGUCGCGCGCUCCGUCAGAGUGGCUCUUGAGGUCGAGUUCUGAUUCGCCGGCGCCAACGAGGCUUUUCCUUUUUUUGUUUCCUCGUUCCAGUUUUCUGUUUCGUUUCCCUCUUGUUUUCUUUCCUUUCCAGGGUGCCGCGCCAGAGAAAGAAAAACAGUGGAGGCACUCGAGGCCAAGGACCCCAUGGGUGUGGGGCUACGAGUGUUGACUCUUUUUGUCUUUCCUUUUUCCACUUUGUGUCUCUUCACCGGGACCCAGUUCUGUUUUCUCAGAAACGAAGAGACGCGAAGAUAGUCAUCUCAUUCCCUGUCCUGUCGCUCCCGAGUCUUCUCCCCGCUCCAAGAUCCUCUGCCUGCUUUGUCUCUUUAUUGUCUCUCCUUUGGCAUUCUCUGCAUUUCCUUCUUCCAUCUCUUUCCUUUCUCUUCUUUUCUCUCUCUGCCUUAUCCCUCUUCCUCUUCUCUCUCUUCGCUUUCUCUCCUUCCCCUUUCCUCCUCCUCUUCUCUCUCUUCGCUUUCUCUCCUUCCACCAUGGCUACAGAGUCGCGGAGCACGAUCAGCGCUGUGUGCUGGGUUCCUCGCGGCAAGGCUGCACUGAAUCCGACGUCUUACGUUCUCGCGUCUCAGGAGCUGUCGGAGUUGCGUAGCUUGAAAGAUACUUUGAUCAAGAGCAGAAAGCAAGGGAACUCGAGGGCAUCGUCUGAAAAAGAGCGAGGCCGCGCGCCGCCCCCCGACAGGGAAGAAGCCGAAGCAGAAUGGGAGGAUGAUGAUGGCGAGAGCUCAGCGGACGACGAAGCUGAGUGUCAGGGCGGCGAGAGAGAAGCUGAACAAGAUGUAGACAUGGACGACGACGAAGAAGAGGAAGGCUCGCAGUUCUUCGGCGUCUUGAAGGAAGAUGGCGCCGCGACGCUGAACGACCCGUACCUUCAGAUGGGAGAGGAAGACAGUGACGAAGAAGAAGCAAACAUCAUUCUUCCGACAGAUCUCAUUCUCGUCGCCGCCACUGCUGAGCACGAUUUCAGCUCUCUGGAGGUGUACGUCUACGAUGAAGACAGAGGGAGCUUCUAUGUGCACCACGAUAUUCUGACGGGAGGCUUCCCCCUUUGCCUCGAGUGGCUGAGCACGAGCCCUGCGACCGGCGGCCAGGCGAACCUGGUCGCGAGCGGUUCGUUCGAUCCCGAAAUCAGCAUUUGGAAUUUGGAUGUCUUGGACCGCGUCGACGCUGUCUGUACACUCGGCAAGAAGAAGGAAACGGCUCUGAAGCGCGGGCGCGGAGACAAGAAGAAAAGACGGCAGAAGCAGACGCAGAGUGGCGAGGCGCAGGGAAGCGCCGCCUCCACUCACAGCACCGAGAGCAACGACUCGCACGAAGGCCCUGUCAUGUGUCUCCAUGUCUCUCCCAUCAAAAGUCAGAUCCUCGCGAGUGGAUCCGCAGAUGAAACAGUGCGGCUCUGGGACCUGACGAAUGGCGCAUGUCUCCACACAUACCGGCAUCAUCAGAACAAGGUCCAAGCGCUGCGCUGGCACCCAGUGGAAGAGGCGGUGCUUCUCUCGGCUUCGUACGACCGCCGCGCCGCUCUCGUUGACGUGCGAAAACCUGACAGUGUGAUGUACGCGCCUCUGAAGGCAGACGCAGAGGCCUGCUGCUGGGACCGACAUCGGCCAAUGAAUUUCUGGGCGUCUGCGGAAGACGGCAGCAUUUGCUGCAUCGACGUUCGCAAGCUGUCGAACUCCUCGGCCUCGUCGAAGGACUCUAAAGCUGCAAACGCCGCCCUCGUCUGGUCUCUGCGGGCCCACAAAGGCGCCGCCUCCGGUCUCGCCGACAGCAGCAUCAAAGACUUGAUGGUAACGAGUGGCAUCGACGGAGUGGCGAAACUUUGGCAUGUCACGGGCGCGGCCUCGGGGGUCGCGGAAGCUGAAGUUUCUGCAACCUGCGGCUCUGCGGCAAACAAGUCGGGUGCUCCCUCUCUUGUUUUUGAAAGAGACUUAAAAGGAGGCCCUCUGUACUGCUGCCAAAGCAAUGAAGAUCUACCUAAUGUCCUCGGCUUCGGCGGCAAUUGCGUCGUUCUGUGGGACAUCACUGACACAGAUGUUGUCAAAAGCGCAUUCCACCUCAAAGGCUAAAUGACAGCUGUAUGCAGGUGCCUCCAACGCAGAUCGACAUAUAUAUAUAUAUCUACAUAUGCAUAUAUUUUCAUAUAUAUAUAUAUAUAUAUAUAUGUACGUUGUUGCGUAGGCGUUUGUGUAUACAGUCGGGUCGAGAGGAGGAUCGUGGUGGGGUACAUGGUGUCAACCAAGGGCUCCCUAACUUAAAACUGAGGAGUCAAGUAGGUUCAAACAAUGCAAGGACUAAUUAUGUCAAUCUUUGCAUCUAAGUUGCUACUCGGUUAUACGUGUGAGACGCUAACUUCCCGAAUAAACAGUCCUUUUCAUUGGAACACACUUCCUUUCUCGCUGUUAGUAUGAUUUCGAAGCAUCAGAAGCGAUGUAAACAGCAGGCGGCGCGGGGGACGAAGAGGGGUUGUGGAAGGGUGUACGUACACGGCAGAACGCCGAAUGCAAGGCAUCUCCGGUGUUUGAGUCAGGACUGCCGCGAGAGCCAUCUUUUCUUUGAGAUAGAAUCGCGCAUCCAACCAGCGCUUCUCUUGUUUACGUGCUCUCUUCUUCCGAAAAGGUUUUCCGCGGAGGUGACACUCCGUAGGUAUCACACCCACGCAGCUUCUGCUCGCACCUAUAUAUAUUUAUAUGUAUAUUAUAUGUAUUUGAACAGGACCAUAGAAAAAAGCCGAGAGCGAAACGAACUUACGGAGCAACUUCUGAGUUCUUGAAAAAAGUGAUCCUUGUGAGUGGUGGCUUUCGCCGAUCUGCAUGCUCUCUCUCGCAGCAAGAGUAUCUAUGGAUAUAACCAACGACUCCUCAGCUCAUCAUUGCUACCACGUAAGGUAGAGCCGCGAAACGUGCUGCCUCUCGCUCAGACCGAAUGUCCACAAAUCUGUGUCGCCACACCUAGCUCUAGCCCUAUCUAUCCG